AUGGGUGCUGCUGUUCCCAAUGCCCCAGGGCAGUCCAGUGGGUCAGAGACUUCAGGUGACGAACGGGCUCACAGGCGACCAGCGGACUCAGGUGCCAAGUCUUCUUCCCCUGCUGUUCCGGUACAAGAUGCGCAGCAGACAGUGCCUGCCGAGUCACCGAGCACAGAUCCAAAUGCAGCUUCCAGUGCUGCUGCUUCUGCUGCUGGAGAUGUUUUUGCACAAGCUUUCAACCGAGCCAUGAGGGGCUUGGAUCAGCACAGGGCAGACCUGUACAACACCCGUGGAGAAAAUUGCACCAUCACCCGAAGCACAGCGUUGAUCAGAGGCUUGCCGAAGUCCCGUCUUGCUGAUGCUGUUGAAGCUGUUGAUGGGCAGCUGGAUCCGACAGCUACCUCUGAUUUGACAUCGGCAUCCUUGGCAAAGCUCAUAUGGUUGCUUACACGGCAAAAGCCGUGUACCUCGGUGUGCCGCUUGAAGGUGAAAAACUAUGGCGACCUCAACGCCCGUCUGCGCCGAGUGCAUGAGCGUAUCACUUCAAACAACCCCCGGAUGGUACAAGUCUUGGAAUCAAUUCGGCAGGAACCAGUCUUGCAGAAUGAUUUUGUGGAAGCUUUAGCUGAACAAGAAGGAUUUGAUCCUCUCUGGAUGACUCAAGAUGCUCCGGAUGCGAAGGUCAAGGCUGCAGCCAAAGCCAAGACUGGUCAACAGAGCUUGCCCAAGAUGAUGGCUGCAGCUGCUGCCUCCAAUCAGGCAGCUGUGCCACCCAACCAACCAGCUGUGCCAGUACCAGUGCCUGCGCAGACAGUGGCCAGUGCUGUGAAUUCCAUGGGGCCUCCUCUCGUUCCCAAGGCCAAGGCAACAGCUGUGGCUUUGCAACCCGCAGUCAAAGCUGGGGGCCCUGUGCAUGUACCUACUGAUCCUACUAUGGCUCGUCCUGUCAUUGUGGUUGCUCCAUCCUUGCCUCGUUUGCCUCCGCAGCCCCGACGUGCUGACACUGCAGACACUGUCGUUCCGAGUUUCACAGCCGAUGAGGAGCCGGAUGUGUCGGCAGAGAUUGAGGCGGAACUGAAUGCAGGAGCUACUGCUGAAAACCUUCAGGGAUCUGCAGUUUCGGAGACUGUGGGUGAGCCAGUGGGUGAGGAAGUGGGUGAGCAAGCAUCUGAGUCGAAUGCUGCGGUUGCGGUGGCGGAAGAAGUCCAUGCAAACUCAGGUGAAAAGUGUUGCAUUUGCCAGCAGCCUCUUCGUGGCUCUGAGGGUCCUGUGAUGCCUUCGGAGGCAACUUUGUGCGGGCAUGUUCAUCACCAGCAGUGCCUGGAGAGCUGGUGGAAUUUCCAGAACUGUCGUGGAGCUUGUCCUUACAAGUGCCAGCAAAGUGUGCCCAUGGAUAUCUUGGCCAACAAUGUGUCUUCCUCAUCUUCAGCUCAUGAGACUCGUGAGCAAUCUCCGGAUGAUGAUGACAUUGUCGAAAAUCUGGUGCAGGAAGUGGAGAUGCGCGACCCUGUCCCCGCUCCAAUGGUUUUGUGA